AUGACCCCUAGGCGAGGCACCCUUGUCGGAGAUGCAGUCUACUUCACGGUUCAGCAUGACAAUGCAAUCGUCAAGUACGACUUGGGCAAGGACCGAUUAUCCAUGAUUGAGUCGCCGCAACCCAAAGAGUGGGACAUCACGCUCAUGGCGAUGGAGAACGCUUCACUGGGAUUUGCCUGCAUUCAGGGUUCCAGCCUUUAUACGUGGUCAAGGAAGGUGGAUACAGAAGAAGCUGCUGAAUGGGUACAAUACAGGGUCAUUGAGCUGGAGAAAACAGUACCUGUUGUGAAUCCUGAUGACGAACCAUUAGUGGUCGGCUUUGCAGAGGGUGUGGAUGUCAUCUUUGUUAGCUCAGGUGCUGGCUUAUUCACGAUAAAGCUCAAUUCGGGACAGGUUAAGAAGGUUGAUGAGGCUGGAGUCUAUUUUAGCGUCCUACCCUACAUGAGCUUCUACACUCCAGAUCGUGGCAGAUUGUUGUCGAUAGCAAGGACUCACUGAUCUCUGAUGUGCCGCUCACUAAUAGUGAUGCAUUGCAAAAUGGACAAAUCCAUCAUCUUUUAGCCUGCUGCUGUUUGUCCUUCCAUGCUACUAAUAUCAGGUUGCUUUGUUUCUGUUAA